AUGAAGGCACAGCGUGUUUCCCUCUGGCUCCUGGGCACAGUGCUCUUCCUGUGCUCAGCGUACUCCCGAGGUCUCAGGAGAUGUCUGAUUUCCACGGACAUGCGCCAUAUAGAAGAGAGUUUCCAAGAAAUCAAAAGAGCCAUUCAAGCUCAAGACACCUUCCAAAAUGUCACCAUCCUGUCCACCUCGGAGACCCUGCACAGCAUCAAGCCCUUAGAUGUGUGCUGCAUGACCAAGAACCUCGUGGAGUUUUACUUGGACAAGGUGUUUAAGGACCAUCAGGAGCCGAACCCCCAGAUCUUAAGAAAAAUCAGCAGCAUUGCCAACUCUUUCUUCUACAUGCAGAAGGUUCUGCAGCAAUGUCAGAAGCAGAGGCUGUGUCACUGUGGACAGGAAGCCACCAAUGCAACCAGCAUCAUCCACAACAACUACGAUCAGCUGGAGGUCAGGUCUGCUGCCCUCAAGUCUCUGGGAGAGCUGGACAUUUUCCUGGCCUGGAUUGACAAGCAUCAUCAAGGAACGCCCACUGCCUGA